GCUGCUGUAGUCACACUAUUCCAGUAAUUCAACGGUGCAACAGAUAUUCAUGAACGCGAUAGUGGUUUGUUUCUCUUAGGAACUUUACGUCAAUGAAUUGGUUUGGAUUUGGUUUUAAUGGUUUUGGACAAAUAACCCCCCAGAGAAAAGAUGAAGAGCAGGACAUUAGACUGCUCAGUCCAGUGGCUCUGGACUCUUUGUGCACUUGUGCUGAGACAGAAACACAUAAAAUUGUUGCAAGUUGGAGCCGAAGUGUUGUCAUCCACACAGCCGGUGAGCGCCGGUGUGUGUGUCUCCAUGGGGGAGAGAGCAGUGUGAUGGUGUCGGAGAGUGAAGGGUGUGAGGAUGCUCUCCUCACUGAGAGCUGUUUAACCCUCAGCUUUACUCACACUGUCCAGUGCUGGAGUUUACACAGAAACGGAAGAGCUCUUGCUUGGAGUGGAGAACUGAGCACUGCUGAAAACACUGGGACUGCUCUACCAUUACCAUUGGUUCCGGGAGGAUACAUAGCCUCCAAACCUCCAUUUUUUCAGCCCCUCUCUCGCCAUCUGCAGGCAGUGAGCCUGGCACUGGGCACUGAGCAUGCUGUUCUACUCACAGCCUCUGGGACUGUUUACACCUGGGGACAUGGCAGUCAUGGUCAGCUGGGCCAUGGCACUCUGGUGUCAGAGGAUGAGCCUCGAGCAGUAGAGGCUCUGUGGGGAGUCCCGAUGAAAUCUGUCGCUGCAGGAGGCUGGCACUCAGCAUGCAUCAGUGCUGGAGGAGAUCUGUAUGUAUGGGGCUGGAACGAGAGUGGCCAGAUUGGCCUGCCAUCGAAAGGCCUCAGAGAAGAGAGACAGAGAGAACAAGAAAUGAUCGAGAAAGACAAACUGAAGGGGGGAAAAAAGGAAGACGAGGGCACCAGCGAUGUGUUCAUCUCAAUUCAGGCGUUCCCGGCUCUGGUGGAUGUAUCAGAAGCGGCUGAAAUUAACAAGGUCAGCUGUGGAUCCCGUCAUACAGCGGCCAUCACAAGCACUGGUGAUCUCUACACCUGGGGAUGGGGUCUCUAUGGCCAGUUGGGUCAUGGUUCAAGAUGCAGUUCAGAUGAACCAAAAAUUGUGGAGUUUUUCUCAGAUGGCAGAAUGAGUGUGGAAGAUGUUAUCUGUGGAUUAUGGAACACGUUUGUGUCAGCAGUUUCAAGGGACCAGGUCGCACCCUGACCCAAACUUAUACUACUGUAUCUCCUGCCUAAGGACCUUUCACCUUUGUUAUGCACUCAGCAACGCAGAAAUAAAGGAAACGUACAAGCAUUUAUCAAAUAUACAAAUACAUGUCCAAACAAACAGUUAAUAAGAGUUAACAAGAGUUAAUAAGAAUAGAGAAAAUAAAAAUCUUUGCUAUUACAAAGGCAGUUGAAAUACAGAUACGGAAAAAAACAACCACAGUUAAUGUUACAGUAGUACUUUUGGGGGAAGAGCAAAGUGCACGCGUGUUGAAAAUGAGCUGGGCGUAAAAAAAAAAGUCUUUGGUUCUCAGUUAUCUUCACAGCACAAUCUUGAAGGAACUA